GGCAUCGAACUUUUUAAUUUCUGUGAUGUAUAAACCCCCCCAAAGGAAACAAUUGGAUCGCGGGAAGUGGAAAGGAAAGUCAAUCGAGAUCGAGAAUGGGAAAUGAGACGAAGAGCAACGGUGCUGCAAGCAUGGCCGGAGGCGGAGGAUUCAGAGCGAAGAUGGAGCAUUACGUUUACAGUGGCGACAAGAAGCACGUCAUGGCUGGGAUCGGGAUCAUCACUCUCAUCUUCGGAAUUCCUUGGUAUUUGAUGAAUCAAGGGUCAACGCAUCAAUCUCACCAAGAUUACAUGGACAAGGCCGAUAAAGCACGAAAAGCCCGCCUCUCAUCAUCUAACAAGUAGUGCGUCUGAAGAAUUUGAGUCACUUACAGACUCUGCGAAAGAUUAUUACAAACAUUUCUCAGACCCACAAAAGUAAAAAAAAAAAACUCAGUAAAGUCUGAGGCUUUGUGGUUCAGAUACAUAGUCAUUCAUGAAUUGUGUAAUGCACUGUGUUUGGUUACCCUUUUCUAAUAAAAUGAUGAGGAUUU